GGGCAUGCGUAGAGAGACUCGGAGGCGGGCUGGGGCCCUUGGAAGGUUCUUAAACUUUGAUUGCUUUAGCUUUAAGUUUUCCCGCUGGUUUAGGGAAAGCGACCCGCAGCCUCAAGGAGAGGAGACAAGCUUCUGGCUCCGGACGCACGGAUAGGCCCGGGGAACCCGUAGUCUAAAACAGGAAACUGCCCGAACCCGGACGAGCCUCCUCCGAGCGAUAGUCAGGAAGCGCUUCCCGCGGUGGGAAACAAGGGUCCUGCCUUCCGAGAGCCCCUCUAAAGAUGACUCAAGACCAGCCUUUGCUCGCGGUGCAGGAGGCCCUGAGGAAGUGCUUUCCCGUGGUGGAGGAGCAGCAGGGCCUGUGGCAGAGCGCUCUCAGGGACUGCCCGCCCCUCCUGGCCUCCCUCAGCAACCUGGCAGAGCAGCUGCAGGCCGCACAGAACCUGCGAUUUGAGGAUGUGCCGUCACUUCGGGCCUUCCCAGACUUACAGGAGCGGCUGAGGCGCAAGCAGCUGGCGGCUGGUGACACUCUCCUGGACAGGCUAGGGGAGAGGCUAGCCGCCCUCCUCAAGGUGCGUGAUGUAGUCAGCAGCCACGUGGAACACGUGCUUCAGGUCUAUGAGCAGCAUGCAGACAUGAUCAGCCUCGAUGCUGUCCUGCAGGCUUCAGCUGCAAGCCCCUCUGUGGCUGAAAUGUUGGAGUGGUUACAGGAUAUCGAGAGACAUUAUCGAAGUUUGUACCUGAAGAGGAAGUACCUUCUGUCCUCAAUCCAGUGGGGAGACUUGGGAAACAUCCAAGCUUUGCCCAAAGCCUGGGACCGAAUUUCGGAAGACGAACACCCAGACCUUGUACGAGAUAUCCUGUUGAAUGUUUCCUUCUUCCUGGAAGAGUGAAGAAGCCGUGUGUUCAUCGGGAGACUAGGGGGACGCAGUUGAAGACCGACCUUACUGCGCUCUGAUAUUUCUAAAGAAAUGUCAGCAUUGCAACUGGACUUACUGGAAAUGUCAGCGCCUAGAGCCUGAGGAUUGUACUGGAUGUUGGGUCUUCUUCAUGCCAGGUCCUGGGUGAGGGCACAUGGUCACACCUUGCCCUUUCCUAUGGCUCAGGGGAGUGGACAGAGACAGAGAGGAUGCAGGAAAGGCCGUGCAGAAGAACACUGGGGGCAGAAGCAACAGCCACAGAAGUGGUAAGGAAGGAAAGGACAGGGGUAGAGAGUGCCGCUGCCCCCAGCAUCAUCCAAAGCUCUGAGCCUCGUUGACACCAGGUCCUGGUUUCGUGUAUUUGUGUCAGUAUCCAACUCCUUGAUGAAAAAAA